AUGGAGUCGUUAGUCCUAGCUCAACACGAGCUCUGCAGUCGUAUCGCGCGCACGUACGACAAUUUGAAAAAGGUAGGACAAGCUAAAAUCAAUAAGGGACUUAUAGCGACCACGCUCAAGCUGCUGGACGCCAAAUGGGCAAAGUUUGAGGAGCAGCACGAGCUACUGGUCACAGAGUAUGGAGCGGAAAUCAGGAAGCAUGAGUACGGGACAAAGGACUUUCUCGGUCAAGUCGAGGAGGUUUGUGUGAUUCAGCGCGCUGCUGUCCUUGAGCUGGAAGAAGCUCUCACUCAGCCAACUUCCCCGAAGACUGGAUCGAGGCUCUCUGGAGACGAGCUUCGAGCGGCAUCUCGUACGACUUUCCCACGAAUCCAGCUUCCCAGCUUCUCCGGGAGAUACGAGGACUGGCCGGCGUUCCGUGACUUGUUCCAGUCCAUCAUCGGCAAGGACUCUUCAAUCGCUCAGGUAGAGAAGAUGCACUACCUGAAGACCUGUCUAAAAGGUGAGGCAGAGCUAUUAAUUCGUAAUAUCGCCACGACCGGGGACAAUUAUGACAGUGCGUGGGAAAUGUUAAGCGCGUACUACGAGAACACACGGUUGUUAGUGCGCGCGUAUCUCGCGAAUUUUCUCUCACUCCAGAAAAUGAGGAGUGAGUCACCGGGCGACCUAAGAAAGAUAUUACAUUGUCUGAAAGCGACUGUCAGUUCCCUGGAAAAUAUCGGACGCCCUAUCGACUGUAGUGAGGAUCUAUUCGUGUAUCUUUCGGUCGAACUCCUCGAUGCGCGCUCUCGCCGCGAAUGGGAAAACUCGAUCAGCGACUCCAAGGAACCUCCGUCCUUCGACAAGCUCGAGCUAUUCCUCGAUAGACGGCUGCACACCCUGGAGUCAACGCUACCUAUCAAAGCCGAUGGCGCCUCGAGCAAACCAGGGAGCAACAUUCAGAAGUCCACGCGCCGCCACUUCACCAGCAAGCAGGAGCUCAAACCAGAGGUCAAGCGCGGUCGCUGCGCCCUAUGCCAGCGCGAUCACUUCUUGAUGCUUUGUGAUGGGUACAAGAAGAAGACGGCGCUCGAACGGAAGCAACUCGUCGAGGCCAGCAAAUUAUGCCUGAAUUGCCUCGGUCGGCAUCAGGUAGGGGAGUGCGCUUCCAAGAAAGCGUGCUCGGUGUGUGAUGCGCGUCACCAUUCCUCGCUGCACGAUGCCUGCCGCGAAACCGCCGUUGUAAAAUCAUCGCACGUCGCGCAAGGACCUUCGGACAAGCCAGUAAUAGUGCUCCUCGCAACAGCCCGCGUCCGCGUCGCCGACCGACACGGAUUGUUGCACCCCGCGCGCGCUCUCAUCGACCAGGGCUCUGAGUCGUCAAUCAUCUCCGAGCGCCUCGCGCAAAGGCUGAGACUGCCACGCACACCCGCAUCGGUCAGCGUAUUCGGGGUUGGUGGGCAGAAGUCCGGUCAUGCCAAAGGUCGCGUCGCCCUCUCGCUUUCGCCGCGACACGGAGGGGCAGCGAUGUCCAUUCCCGCGCUCGUGCUUCCGCGGAUCACCGUCUACGCCGGCGGAGUAGACUCCGGUGCUAGAGAUUGGCCUCACCUACAGGGACUGGAGCUUGCGGAUCCGGAGUACGGCGCUUCUGACCCAGUCGACAUACUCCUCGGAGCAGAUAUCCACGCCGCCAUCCUCUGCCAAGGCCUACGCAAAGGACGCCACCGCGAAUUGGUGGCCCAAAACAUGAAGCUCGGGUGGAUCCUAUCGGGAGCUAUAGGUGAAGCCACCGCUUCUUCAAGGGCCCAUACUCACCAGUGCCGUGUCGAGGAGGAUCUCGCGGGAAUGGUGCGCCGCUUCUGGGAGCAGGAAGAAAUGCCGCUGGCCGCCACAACGCUAUCCAAGGACGAUCAAGAGUGCGAGGAUCACUUCGUCCGCACGCAUACCCGAGGGCCCGACGGGCGAUACACUGUGCGCCUUCCUGUCGUUGAGCCGCUACCGGAUCUCAGCGGAACCCGUCGAGCAGCACUACGAGUGCUAAAACACAUGGAGACCAGAUUUUCUCGAGACGCCUCGUUCCAUGAGUUGUACGCCGAUUUCCUGCGCCAAUAUGCCGACUUACAUCACAUGACGCCGGCCUCAUCGGACGCUGACCGGGUCAACAAGCGGCUCUGCUAUCUUCCUCAUCACGGCGUGAUGCGGGAAGCUAGCUCCACGACCAAGCUGCGGGUCGUGUUUAAUGGCUCGUCAAGAUUGCCGUCGGGAGAGACCCUCAAUCAGCACCUGCAAGUCGGACCGAACCUACUACCAGCGCUUGCUGAUAUUCUGCUGCGGUGGCGUCGUCAUCGAUAUGCCAUUGCCUCGGACAUCGAAAAAAUGUAUAGGCAGAUCGACGUCCACCCUCAGGAUCGCGACCUGCAAAGGAUUGUGUGGCGUGAAGGUAAAGAUAUGGACAUCAAGGAGUUCCAACUGAACACCGUGACUUACGGGUUGGCGUGCGCUCCCUAUUUGGCGAUUCGCACUCUCCGACAACUCGCGGAUGACGAAGCCUCCAGGUGGCCCCUCGGUGCGGACGUCCUUCGACGGGACGUCUACAUGGACGACGUCCUGACGGGGGCACCAACCGUUGCUGAGACUGAGGAGAUCCAGCAGCAACUCACGCAGAUCUGCAGGGCGGGCGGUUUCCCGCUGAAGAAGUGGUCGGCCAACCAUUCGUCAUUGCUCGAGAGUCUGCCAGCGGAGGACCUUCUACAGCGGGAGCCCCGGUGGUGGCAACCAGGUGAGAGCCACGCUACCUUGGGCCUCAGAUGGCACCCGCACAAUGACAACUUCGCCUUCUCGACGCCAACGAUGCGGCUGGACAGGAUAUCUAAAAGGACAGUCCUGUCACUAACGGCCAAGUUAUUUGACCCGAUGGGAUGGCUCGCACCCACCACGGUGCGAGCCAAGAUACUUAUACAGUCGACGUGGUUACUGGGAGUCGACUGGGACACACCGCUCCCCGACGGCGACGCUCAGCGGUGGCUGGAGUUCCAGGCGGAGCUACCUCUGUUGGAGAGCAUCCGCGUUCCCCGCUGGCUGAAUAGCGGAACUGGCUGCCGGAGGGAAAUCCAUGGCUUCGCCGACGCAUCUGAAAGAGCCUACGCCGCAGUCGCUUAUCUGCGGACAGAGGAUCGGGAAGGACGUGUAGAGGUCGCGCUAGUUACCGCGAAAACCAAGGUAGCGCCGCUAAAGCAGAUAACUCUACCACGUUUAGAACUUUGUGCAGCAACGCUGCUCGCUCGGCUCAUCAGUCACAUCCGUCACGUCCUGGAAGCAACGGAGGUGCCCCUUCACCUCUGGUCGGACUCUACCGUAGCUCUAGGAUGGAUCCGUGGACACCCGACUUCUUGA